AUGUCAGACAACAGAUCUAGUUUUCUUCAUAUUGGAGACAUUGUGUCGCUUUACGCGGAAGGCACUGUCAAUGGCUUCAUCAGUACAUUGGGGCUUGUUGAUGACAGGUGUGUGGUGCAGCCGGACGCAGGAGACCUGGCCAUUCCGCCCAAAAAGUUCAGAGACUGCCUGUUCAAGGUAUGUCCGAUGAACAGGUACUCGGCUCAGAAGCAGUUCUGGAAGGCCAAACAGGGCAAACAAGGCAACAACUACACAGAAGCAGACCUAUUCAAGAAGUUACAGCAUGCAGCAGAACUGGAACAGAAGCAAAACGACACCGAGAAUAAGAAGCUGCUUGGAGAGGUGGUCAAGUACAGUAACGUCAUCCAGCUUCUGCAUAUUAAAAGUAACAAGUACCUGACGGUGAACAAGCGUCUGCCGGCGCUGCUGGAGAAGAACGCCAUGCGUGUGUCUCUGGACCCAUCCGGCAAUGAGGGCUCUUGGUUCUACAUCCAGCCCUUCUGGAAGCUCCGCAGCGAGGGUGAUAAUGUGGUGGUGGGAGACAAGGUGGUCCUGAUGCCUGUGAACGCAGGACAGCCUCUCCACGCCAGCAACAUUGAGCUGCUAGACAACCCCGGCUGCAAGGAGGUGAACGCUGUGAACUGCAACACCAGCUGGAAGGUCACUCUGUUCAUGAAGUUCAGUGACUACAGAGAGGAUGUCCUCAAAGGAGGUGAUGUGGUGCGUCUGUUCCACGCCGAGCAGGAGAAGUUCCUGACAUGUGACGAGUACAGGAAUCAGCAGCACAUCUUCCUCAGGACCACCCUGCGACAGUCUGCCACCUCCGCCACCAGCUCCAAAGCACUCUGGGAAAUAGAGGUUGUGCACUACGACCCCUGCAGAGGGGGUGCUGGCCAGUGGAACAGCCUGUUUCGCUUCAAACACCUGGCCACUGGGAGCUACCUGGCUGCAGAGAUGAAUCCUGAUUUUCGGGAUGAGAGUUUGGAUUCUAAAGCAGAGGUGAGUCAGACGGAGAUGGAUACAGUGUACUCCCAGAGGAAGCAUCAGGCUGCAGAGAAGAUAGCCUACACCCUGGUGUCUGUGCCCCAUGGCAACGACAUCGCCUCUCUGUUUGAGCUGGACGCCACCACGCUGCAGAGGGCUGACUGUCUGGUGCCCAGGAACUCUUAUGUACGGCUGAGGCACCUGUGUACCAACACCUGGGUGACUAGCACCAACUUUCCCAUCGACACUGAGGAGGAGCGCCCCGUCAUGCUCAAGAUUGGCACUUGCCGUACGAAGGAGGACAAGGAGGCAUUUGCCAUUGUCUCUGUUCCCCUGUCUGAGGUCCGAGACCUGGACUUUGCUAACGAUGCCAACAAGGUCCUGGAGUCGACCGUGAGGCAGCUGCAGUGUGGCAACAUUGCUCAGAACGAUAGGAGGUUUGUGACCAAGCUGUUGGAGGACCUGAUCUUCUUUGUGUGCGAGGUCCCCAACAACGGUCAGGACGUACUGUCUGUGGUCAUCUCUAACCCGAACAGAGAGAGGCAGAAACUAAUGAGGGAACAGAACAUUCUAGCCCAGAUUUUUGGUAUUCUGAAGGCCCCGUUCACAGACCAGGGGGAGGGUCCCAUGCUGAAGCUGGAGGACUUGGGGGACCAGCGCUACGCUCCCUUUAAGUACAUGCUGCGGCUGUGCUACCGAGUGUUGCGCCACUCCCAACAGGACUACCGCAAGAACCAGGAGUACAUAGCCAAGAAGUUCUCCAUCAUGCAGUCUCAGAUCGGUUAUGAGAUCCUGGCGGAGGACACCAUCACUGCCCUGCUCCACAACAACCGCAAGCUGCUGGAGAAACACAUCACAGCCAAGGAGAUCGAGACCUUCGUCAAUCUGCUGCGUCGCAACCGAGAGCCCAGGUUUCUGGACUACCUGUCAGACCUGUGCGUGUCCAAUAAGACGGCCAUCCCAGUGACACAGGAGCUCAUCUGUAAAUUCAUUCUGAACCCCGCCAACGCUGAGAUCCUCAUCCAGACCAAGCUCAUCCCCAGCAUGGAGACUACCUUGCAGUCGUCCAUGCUGCAGGAGGACACCGAGGAGGAAGAGGAGGUGUGGCUCUACUGGAUUGACAGCCACAAGGAGCCACACGGCAAGUCCAUCCGCCACCUGGCCCAGGAUGCAAAGGGCAACCACAAGCUGGACACUGACGUCAUCACCUACUACAGAUACCAGCUCAACCUGUUUGCCAAGAUGUGUCUGGACCGCCAGUACCUGGCCAUCAACCAGGUGUCCAGCCAGCUGCCCGUGGACCUGAUCCUGCGCUGCAUGUUUGACGAAUGCCUGCCCUACAACCUGCGCGCCUCCUUCUGCCGCCUCAUGCUGCACAUGCACGUGGACCGCGAGCCCCAGGAGGCAGUGGUGGCCGUGCGCUACGCCCGCCUCUGGACCGAGAUCCCCUCCAAGAUCACCAUCCACGAGUAUGAGUACGAGUUCACUGACACCUCCAGAGAGGAGAUGAAGAGGAAGUUUGCCCCCACCAUGGAGUUUGUAGAGGAAUACCUCAAAGACGUGGUCAGCCAGCCCUUUCCCUUUGGAGACGAAGAGAAGAAUGAACUGACUCUGGAGGUGGUGCACCUGGCCCGUAACCUGGUUUAUUUUGGCUUCUACAGCUUCAGUGAGCUGCUGCGUCUCACACGCACCCUGCUGGCCAUCCUGGACUUUGUCCAGCACCCGCUUAACGACAUGGCCGAGCUCAGCAAGAGCCCCGAGGCAGGGAACAACGUGUUUCGUACCAUCCACGGUGUGGGAGAGAUGAUGACUCAGAUGGUGCUGAGUCGAGGGCACGUCCAGCCUCACCACCUCCCGAACACACCCCCGUCCCUUCAGGACAGAAAACAACCACUCUGUCUGACAGACAACGAGGAUGUCAUGGUCAUGGACACCAAGCUCAAAAUCAUUGAGAUUUUACAGUUUAUUCUGAGUGUGCGACUGGACUAUAGGAUCACCUACCUGUUGUCCAUCUAUAAGAAAGAGUUUGGGGACAGUAAUCUACCGGACAGCUCUAUGUCAUUGUCUGAAUUUCCCUCCAUGUCAGUUUCAGAUCCAGACAUUGAUGAGAUUGCAGCCAAAGCAGAGACAAUGUUUGCUGGAAGUUCAGAGUGUAGUGCUGUGGAGCUGGAUGACGAGGGAGGCAGGACCUUCCUGAGGGUACUGAUCCAUCUCAUCAUGCAGGACUACACCCCGCUGGUGUCCGGCUCGCUGCAGCUCAUGUUCAAACACUUCAGCCAGAGAGCCGAGGUCCUACAGGCCUUCAAACAGGUGCAGUUGCUGGUUUCGGAGCAGGAUGUGGAGAACUACAAGCAGAUCAAGACUAACCUGGACCAGCUCAGGCUGGCGGUGGAGAAGUCUGAACUGUGGGUGGAGAAGAGUGGAGGCUACGGCAGUGAGGACAUAGGAGACAGCCAGGUCAAGGAGCAGACCAUGGAGGAGGCGGGCAUCCUGAGUCCAGUACAGGAUGGGGAUGUGAAGCCUCAUAUAGACAGCAACAAAGCUAACAACUACAACAUCGUCAAAGAGAUCCUGCUGCGGCUCAGUAAGCUGUGUUACCCCAGUAAGAAGAGUUGUGUGCAGCAGCAGAGGCUGCUGAAGAACAUGGGGGCUCACUCUGUGGUGCUGGACCUGCUCCAGAUACCUUAUGAGAAGAGUGAUGAGAAGAUGAAUGAGAUCAUGACACUGGCCCAUGUAUUCCUGCAGUACUUCUGUAGAGGCAACAGCCAGAACCAGGCUCUGCUCCACAAAUACCUCAACCUGUUCCUUACACCAGGGCUCCUGGAGGCUGAGACCAUGCGCCACAUCUUCAUGAACAACUUCCACCUGUGCAACGAGAUCAGCGACCGCGUGGUCCACCAUUUUGUCCACUGCAUCGAGACGCACGGCCGACACGUCCAGUACCUCAAGUUCCUCCUGACCAUCGUCAAGGCCGACGGGAAGUACGUGAAAAAGUGCCAGGACAAGGUCAUGACCGAGCUGGUGAACGGUGGCGAGGACGUGCUGGUGUUCUACAACGACCGCUCCUCCUUCCCGGUGCUGUUCCAGAUGAUGUGCUGCGAGAUGGAGCGUAGGGACGAGGGCGGCGCCCUGGCCUACCACAACACUCUGGUAGAGCUCCUCGCUGUCUGCACCGAGGGCAAGAACGUAUACACCGAGCUGAAAUGUAACUCCCUGCUGCCCCUCGACGACAUUGUCAAAGUGGUCACCCACGAAGACUGCAUCCCUGAGGUGAAGACGGCUUACGUGAACUUUGUAAACCACUGCUACGUGGACACUGAGGUGGAGAUGAAGGAGAUCUACACCAGCCACCACAUCUGGAAGCUUUUUGAGAACUUCCUGGUGGACAUGGCACGGGUGUGCAACAGCACCACGGACCGUAACCAUGCCAACAUUCCCCUGGAGAGGUACGUGACGGAGACGGUGAUGGCCAUCGUCAAGGGCUUCUUUAGCUCCCAGUUCCCUGUCAACAACUCCAACCUGCAGACCCACCAGCCCAUCUUCAUCCAGCUGCUCCAGUCCUCCUUCAGGAUCUAUAACUGCACCUGGAUCAGCUCGGCCCAGAAGAACAACAUCGAGGGCUGCAUCAAAACACUGUCUGACGUGGCUAAGGCGCGUGCCAUAGCCAUCCCGGUGGAUCUGGACAGCCAAGUGAACACUCUGUCUCUGAAGGCCCACACCUACAGGGUGGAGCGUGCCGUAAAGGACUGGAGGACCUCAGCACGCACCCGGGUCCGCAAGGAGAUUCUGGGAGUGCCUGACUACAAGAGCAUCAUCGAGAAGCUGCAGGGUGUGGUGGCGUGUCUAGAGGAGCAGUUCAGUCCUAUGGUGCAGGCUGAGUUCUCUGUGUUGGUGGAUGUACUACACAGCCCUGAGCUGCUGUUCCCAGAGGCUGCCAGACUGCGCUGUGAGAGCGGGGCCUUCAUGUCCAAACUGAUCAAACACACCAAGAAGCUGAUGGACAAGGAGGAAAAGCUGUGCAUUAAGAUCCUGCAGACACUCCGAGAGAUGCUGGACAAGAAGGAGGCCUUUGAUGAGCCUGGAAACGUGUUAAGGAAGAUUCUCCUCACUCGCUACUUUGGAAAUCAAAGGCUUCACUCCAAAUCAGAGUUUGGGAGCGGGAACAGCUCAGCUGGAGGUGGCUCUUUGGUGCAGGACUCUGACAAGUUGAGCAGCAGCAUGGUAGAUAUCCAGUGUCUGCUAGACAGUGAGGGAGCCUCAGAGUUGGUCAUAGACCUUAUCGUCAGCACCAAGAACGACCGCAUGUUCGAGGAGAGCAUCCUGCUAGGCAACGCCCUGCUCCAGGGGGGAAACACUCAGAUACAGAACUCGUUCUACCACCAGCUGCACAAGCAGAAGAAGUCGGAGCACUUCUUCAAGGUGUUCUACGACCGCAUGCGUCUGGCCCAGCAGGAGAUCCGGGCCACUGUGUCCGUCAACAUGUUCGAGGUCGGCACCUGCAGGAAGAGAGACGAGGACGUCGACGUCAGUCACAGUGGCAUCCGUCUCAGGAAAACACCAAAAGACUCUUCCCUGCACAUGAUAGACAACAUGCGUGGCCAGUUGAACGAGGCGUCCUCGGCCACCUCCAAGGCCUUUGUCUCCUUCCGGAAGGAGCGGGACACGGACCUGGAGGUCCUGGAGGGCCAGGCCGGUGAGGGGCCCGGGGGAGGGGCCGAGGAGAGGGAGGAGGAGACCCAGAUGAGCCGGGCCAUCACCAUCAUGAAGCCUAUCCUGCGCUACCUGCAGCUGCUCUGUGAGAACCACAACAGGGACCUGCAGAACUUCCUGCGGAACCAGCACAACAAGACCAACUACAACCUGGUGUGUGAGACGCUGCAGUUCCUGGACAUCAUGUGUGGCAGCACCACUGGAGGCCUGGGUCUGCUGGGCCUCUACAUCAACGAGGGCAACGUGGACUUGGUCCGGCAGACCCUGGAGACCAUCACAGAGUACUGCCAAGGACCCUGCCACGAGAACCAGUCCUGUAUAGCCAAGCACGAGUCCAACGGAAUCGACAUCAUCAUAGCUCUAAUAGUCAACCCCGUCAACCCUUUAGGGAAGCAUCGACUGGACCUGGUGCUGGAACUCAAGAACAAUGCCUCCAAGCUGCUGCUGGCAAUCAUGGAGAGUCGCCAUGACAGCGAGAAUGCCGAGAAGAUCCUUUACAAGAUGAGGCCAAUGGAGCUGGUGGAUGUGAUGAAGGAGGCAUAUGCCCAGGGGCUGGAAAGUGAGGCUGAGGAGAACGCUAUAGGAGACCAGAUCAAACCUAAAGACGUAGGACACAACAUCUACAUCCUGGCCCACCAGCUGGCCAGACACAGUAAGUUCCUGCAGCAGAGCUUGAGGCCGCCAGCGACGGGGCUAUUGCUGAGCCAUAAAAUAGAGGGAGAAGACGCCCUCGGUUACUAUGCCAACCACACCGCUCAGAUAGAGAUUGUGCGUCACGACCGCACAAUGGAGCAAAUAGUGUUCCCAGUGCCCAACAUUUGUGAGUACCUGACAGAGGAGUCCAAAACGCGCGUGUUCACCACCACCGAGAGGGACGACCAAGGCAGCAAGGUCAAUGACUUCUUCACGCAGUUCGACGACCUCUACAACGAGAUGCGCUGGCAAAAGAAGAUACGCAAUAACCUUGCUCUGUUCUGGUUUUCUCGGCACAUCUCUCUGUGGGGAAGCAUCUCUUUCUACCUGGCAGUGCUGGUCAAUGUGGCCGUGGCUCUCUUCUACCCCUUCGGUGACGACGAAGAUGAAGGCAUCCUGCCCCCCUUUGUAUCCAUCCUACUGUGGGUGGCGUUGGUGGUGUGUACCACCAUGCUCUUCAUCCUUCCCAAACCAGGGAGUGUCCGGCCCUUCCUGGUCUCUAUUAUACUGCGCUCCAUCUACACACUGGGCCUGGACCCCACCCUGUUGCUACUGGGCGCCGCCAACCUCCUCAAUAAGAUUGUGUUCCUGGUGAGCUUUGUGGGCAACCAGGGGACGUUCACACGGGGCUACAAGCCGGUGGUCAUGGACAUGCCCUUCCUCUACCACGUGGGCUAUGUCAUCGUCUGUAUGCUGGGCCUCUUCGUCCACGAGUUCUUCUACAGCUUCCUGCUCUUUGAUCUGCUGAACCGCGAGGAGACCCUGCUGAAUGUGGUCAAGAGUGUGACGCGUAAUGGGCGCUCCAUCGUCCUCACGGCUGUACUGGCCCUCAUCCUGGUCUACCUCUUCUCCAUCGUGGGCUUCCUCUUCCUCAAGGACGACUUCCGCAUGGACGUGCAACGUCUGCCAGUGAUGGCAGGGGAGGACGAUGGGACGGAGCGUGUGUGUGACACUCUGCUGAUGUGUAUCGUGACGGUGCUGAACCAGGGCCUGAGGAACGGAGGGGGAGUGGGAGAUGUGCUGAGGAAACCUUCCAAAGACGAUCCUCUGUUUGUGGCCCGUGUGGUGUAUGACCUGCUGUUCUUCUUCAUCGUCAUCAUCAUCGUCCUCAACCUCAUCUUCGGCGUCAUCAUCGAUACGUUCGCUGACCUGAGGAGCGAGAAGCAGAGGAAGGAGGAGAUACUGAAGACCACCUGCUUCAUCUGUGGGUUGGAGAGGGAUAAGUUUGACAACAAGACGGUGUCCUUUGAGGAGCACAUCACGUCGGAACACAACAUGUGGCACUAUCUGUACUUCCUGGUUCUAGUGAGGGUGAAGGACCCCACAGAGUACACCGGCCCAGAAAGCUACGUGGCCCAGAUGAUCAAGGAGAAGAACCUGGACUGGUUCCCCCGGAUGCGGGCCAUGUCUCUGGUGAGCAGCGAGGGGGAGAGUGAGCAGAACGAGAUGCGCUCCCUACAGGAGAAACUGGAUGGCACCGUCAAACUAGUGUCCCUGCUGUCUUCCCAGCUGUUCGAGCUAAAGGAGAAGAUGACAGAGCAAAGGAAGAAUAAACAGAGGCUGGGCUUCCUGGGGACUCAUGGAGUCAACAACCACCAUAUCCCAGCACACUGAGGGGCCCGGUGCCCCCUUAUCACAGAGAACUCUGCUGGAGCUACACACAGUAACCACACUAACACACACACACACACAAUGUUAUCUGUUUUAUGGAGCCUUUACUCAAACAGUGCCUUGUAUUCAACGCAAUCAGUGCCUCGUUCUUAGACUGAGUCCUCAGACGACUCACCCAGCAUCACCCUCCCACAUAGAACAGUACAGUGAUUUGUGCCUUUAGAACAACACAAGCUGCACAGUCAUUCUGAUCAUCCCAUAUAAGUCCUUCUGCUCUAUGAGUGAGACUGAAUGAGAUGCCAGGCAUGUGUCACUAUGCCAGGCUGCAGCAGACUGACUGCAGCCUGGAGGUCAAGGAAGAGGGUUAAAGGUUAAGCACUGUGGCCCUGUGGGCAGCCACACUCUUCCUUCAGUAUUCUCAGUGCACUGUGUCUGUCUGACAGAUGAAGACAGAGACUGGGCUAUACCCAGGUCAGGUAUUGGUACAUUGGGUGGUUGGUGUUGUUCAACUCUGUUUAGACUUUGGAGGGGUUGCUCCUUGUAUUAUUGAAUAGCCCUUUUGGGAAAGGGUAUACGUGUAAUGUUAAGGUAAAGUAUUUUCUUCCUAGCCUGGUCCCAGAUCUGUUUGUGCAGUCUUGCCAACUCCUAUGACAAUGAUAAUAUGAGUUGGCAAGACCGCACAAACAGAUCUGGGACCAGGCUAUCUAUUCUCUUUUGUUUUGUUUUAAUAUGACCUGUUAACUCAUGAAUGUGGAGAAUAAAUGUAGUAGAAAUGGAUAAACUUACCGCAUGGCUGACUUAUGUGGGAGCAUUGCUUCAUCAUCUUAAUCAUAAUGACCGGGAUAGUCAAUGUUCUCAGUGGCCUGCACUUUUUUUUAUUUUUUUAUAUAUAUAUAUAUUUUUUUUGUUAACAUACAACUGGAGAAACGGACUUGCCUGUGACAAUACUUUUUGGCUGACACUUUACUUGAACUAGCCGCAAUAAUGCUUCAUAGCUGUGUCAUAAACAUGUAGUAAAGAUUAAUUGCAAAUGUCAUUUCAUUUCUAAAGGAUAUACUAUGACAAUGUUGUGACACAUAUAUUUACAUAUUGCAGUAGUUGGCCUCCUACUGUGAAGCUUCAAGACAUGUUAAAGACGCUGUUACGGCGCUGAGUUCAAGUAAAGUAUUACCGCCUUAACUCUCAAAGAAGUGUCAUCCAUGAUAAUGCAAUCGCUGCACUCCAUUACGUGCCUUUCUACAAAUGUUGUACAUAGUCUAGAAAUAACGCAAUGAAAAAAUGUAGAUGAAGAUAAUCUGAUUAUCUAUGUGGAAUUUACUUGAAAGUCCUUGUGAUUCAAAGUCUUAUAUUGGUACAGAAUGUAUUCACCACUGUCUAAAGAUAAUGUGCUUGUGUACAAUACAGUAGAUAGGUCGUACCACGAAAUGAGUCCCUUUUGGGUACUAUAACUUGCUGAAAAAACCCAUUCUGUCAUUAAGAGUACAUGUUCAACUUAAUUAAAAAAACAUGUUGUCCCAUUUCAAGAGGUUAAAUAAAAAAAUGACUGUGGUAAGUGCCUAUUAUGUACCAAAUAAAAUAGCAGGGUUGGCCGUAACAGGGUUGACCGUAGCAGAGUUGGCUGUAACCGGGUGAUUUAGCCUUAAAUCAGGCAUAAAUCCCUUUGUUACAGGGGGAAUGGAAGCUUGUUGUAUGCAACAGGGAGUGACAAUUGAAUGCAAGCUUCACAAAUGUGUUUUAAUUGUUUAAACAUUUCUAUCCAGUCCAUCUAUGGGUAACGGGGUUGACGUGUUAUGCACGACCCACUCGGUUUUCCACCACAAAACACCAGAAAAUGAUCAAAAGAAAACAACCAGCUCAACUGCUUUUACAGUAUGAUUUGACUAGUAGAUGUUGAAAGUUACUUUUGAGAAAAUUAUUAAACUCAUAUUACCAUGUUAAAAUGAGAGUUCAGUUCACGGAACGGGGUUGACCUUUAAAAUGAGGGCAUGGUUUUUUACCUUUAAAAUGAACCACGAAUCGCCUGAAAUUAACCAUUUUCAGAAAGGACUGUGAAAGCAACAAAAUAUCGAGGGCUUUAGAGUGAUGGAGACAAUUUGGAAACAGUUUGUGAUCAAGUGGGUCAAAAUCUUCCUAGGAGUCACAGAGGGGACAUGUCAAAAUGCUGAAUUUAUUCAUAUAAAAAAUCUGAUUUAUUGAAUUGUCCAUAUGUGGUCUAUAUUAAAUGGCACUUCAUUUAAUAUAGAAUUUAAAUUCAAAAUUGGUUCACAAUUUCUAUUAAGGGACGAAAAAGGGACUCAUUUCAUGGAAUGACCCAGAAACAGUCACUCAUGUUGAUAAAGAUGUUGCAUAAUACUGUACUCAUGGGCGUGUUUCCCAAAUGGCCCCCUAUUCCAUAUGGACCGGGACAUAGCCAUGGAACUCAAUCUCCAUACUGUAUUCAUUCUGUUUUUUUGUACUCAGCCAUGUAAAGUCAUCUCACUCAGUCAAAUGGAAUGCAAUUCAAUAUAUGUGUAAAAGUUUUAAUCUCGCAUAAUCACAUAACAGUAUGUAUGCACUCCAGAGUGGAAUGCCCUUUGACAGUUUUCUCUAAACAGAUCGUGUAUUUCAUGUUGUUGAGCUGUUAUAAUGUAAUAAAUCUAUGAUAAGAUAAGAA